UUUGUUUACAUUCACGUCAGUAAUCGCAGGUUGACAACAAAGAUCGCCAACGAACGAUCUACAUUACUUCGGAUCAUUCCUUCUGCUUCUGUAUCUACAUUCCUCCAAAAUGAUGCGUUUUACCCGUUUUCUGCCAACAUUUGCACGAAACCGGCUUUACACAACUAAUAUCUCUCAACCAGUGUCAGUGCGAAUCGUGGAGGUAGGCCCCCGAGAUGGGCUGCAAAACGAACCAACGCUUCUGCCGGCAGCGGUCAAGAUCGAGCUCAUAAAUCAGCUGUCCGAAACCGGGCUACGUACUAUCGAAGCGACCAGCUUUGUGAGCGCAAAAUGGGUACCGCAGAUGGGUGAUAACGCGGAGGUGCUUAAAGGGAUUAACAAGCUUCCCGGUAUCUCCUAUCCAGUUCUAACACCGAAUCUUAAAGGAUUCCAGGCAGCGAUUGACGCAGGAGCUGAAGAGGUAGCUGUUUUUGGAGCAGCGUCAGAGAGCUUCUCCAGGAAAAAUGUAAACUGCUCGGUAGACGAAAGCAUUGCCCGAUUCCAGGACGUAAUGGAUGCAGCCAAAAAAGCAAACGUAAAAGUGCGUGGAUACGUUUCAACGGUUGUCGGUUGCCCAUACGAAGGCAAAAUUAAGCCCUCGGCAGUGGUUCGUGUUGUGGAAAAGCUUAUCGAAAUGGGAUGCUAUGAAAUUUCGCUCGGAGAUACGAUUGGCGUCGGUACACCGGGAUCCUUCACCGAUAUGCUGCGCGAAGUCACAAAGAUCGCUCCGGUCAAUAUGCUCGCUGUCCAUUGCCACGAUACGUACGGACAAGCGUUGCCAAACAUUCUCACAUCGCUGGACUUUGGUAUCGGUGUGGUGGAUGCUUCCGUUUCGGGAUUGGGUGGUUGCCCGUACGCUCGAGGUGCCUCGGGAAAUGCGGCCACGGAAGAUGUGGUGUACAUGCUGCACGGUCUUGGCAUUGAAACGGGUAUCGAUCUGCCGAAACUCGUAAACGUAGGAAAAUUCAUUUGCGAUAAACUGCAACGCCAAUCCGAAUCGAAGGUGAAUCGCGCGAUGAGGAAAACCAAUCCUAACGCAUGUUAGAUACAGAUGGGGAGACAACCUAUCAAAGGAAAAAGUGCAUUUACUAGCGUAAGUCUUUUUUUAAUCGGAUAAAUCCAUUUGAUGGAUUUUUAUUAUAAAAAAAGGUUCAAAAUAUAUCAAAUUGCCAUACCGAUGUA